GCCAAGCGCUGCAGCCGCCGUGCCCUGGUGACUAGGGGCGCCGUGGCCCAGGUGGCGGCGCGGGGCGGGCGGAAAGAGGAGGAAGGAGGUGCUGGUGCAGGAUGGCGGCGACGACCUACGAGCAGCUGGAGCUGCAUAUCACACCUGAAAAAUUUUAUGUGGAAGCUUGUGAUGAUGGAGCAGAUGACGUGCUUAUCAUCGACCGCGUGUCCACAGAGGUCACCCUCUCAGUUAAGAAAGAUAUUCCUCCGUCAGCUGUCACAAGACCAAUAUUUGGUAUACUGGGCACAAUCCAUCUGGUGGCAGGUAAUUAUCUAAUUGUCAUUACCAAAAAGACAAAAAUAGGUGAAUUUUUCAAUCAUGUAAUCUGGAAAGCAACAGAUUUUGAUGUCCUUUCUUAUAAGAAGACCAUGUUGCACUUAACUGAUAUUCAGUUACAAGAUAAUAAAACUUUCCUAGCGAUGAUAAACCAUGUCUUGAGUGUGGAUGGGUUUUACUUUUCAACGACCUAUGAUUUGACCCAUACUUUGCAGCGGCUCUCCAAUACUAGUCCAGAAUUCCAAGAAAUGAGUCUCUUGGAAAGGGCAGAUCAGCGGUUUGUAUGGAAUGGUCAUCUUCUAAGAGAACUUUCUGCUCAGCCAGAGGUCCAUCGGUUUGCUCUUCCAGUAUUACAUGGCUUUAUUACUAUGCACUCGUGUUCUAUUAAUGGAAAAUACUUUGAUUGGAUUCUCAUCUCGAGGAGAAGUUGUUUCAGAGCUGGUGUGCGCUAUUAUGUAAGAGGAAUUGAUUCUGAAGGUCACGCAGCUAACUUUGUAGAAACAGAACAAAUUGUGCACUACAAUGGGAGCAAGGCUUCUUUCGUACAGACUCGAGGAUCAAUACCAGUUUUCUGGUCUCAGAGACCAAACCUCAAGUACAAACCAUUGCCACAGAUCAACAAAGUAGCGAAUCAUAUGGAUGGUUUCCAAAGGCAUUUUGAUUCACAAGUAAUUAUUUAUGGAAAACAAGUCAUAAUCAAUCUGGUUAACCAGAAGGGCUCAGAGAAGCCACUUGAACAGGCCUUUGCAACAAUGGUGUCUUCCUUGGCAAGUGGAAUGAUCAGAUAUGUUGCCUUUGACUUCCAUAAGGAAUGUAAAAAUAUGAGAUGGGAUCGACUAAGUAUUUUAUUGGAUCAAGUAGCAGAAACACAAGAUGAAUUAAGUUAUUUUCUAGUGGACCCUGUUGGCAAGGUGGUGACAAACCAGGAAGGCGUGUUCCGCAGCAAUUGCAUGGAUUGUCUAGAUAGAACCAACGUGAUCCAGAGUCUGUUAGCUCGUCGUUCGCUUCAGGCCCAGCUUCAGAGACUAGGAGUUUUGCAUGUGGGACAAAAGCUUGAAGAACAAGAUGAAUUUGAGAAGAUUUACAAAAAUGCCUGGGCUGACAACGCAAAUGCUUGUGCCAAACAGUACGCGGGGACUGGUGCCUUGAAGACGGACUUUACCAGAACUGGGAAGAGAACUCAGUUGGGACUUAUAAUGGAUGGAUGGAACUCACUAAUACGGUAUUACAAGAACAACUUUUCUGAUGGAUUUAGACAAGAUUCAAUAGACUUAUUUCUUGGGAACUAUUCUGUGGAUGAAUUAGAAUCUCAUAGUCCUUUAAGUGUUCCAAGGGAUUUGAAGUUCCUGGCUUUGCCCAUUAUCAUGGUGGUCGCCUUUUCCAUGUGCAUUAUCUGUCUGCUGAUGGCUGGUGACACUUGGACAGAAACACUGGCCUAUGUGCUCUUCUGGGGAGUUGCAAGCAUUGGAACAUUUUUUAUUAUUCUUUACAAUGGCAAAGAUUUUGUUGAUGCUCCUAAAUUGGUCCAGAAAGAAAAGAUAGACUGAAUUUGUGUCUGUGGAAAGCGGCUUGGCUUGGAAGAUUCCAUUAUGCAGAACUGGAGUCUUUACUGACCCGCUUUCCACAUCAGCCUGAGGUCUUCUUAAAGCCUUUAUCCAAAAGCACAUUUUGUGCUGUGUGGGGUGAUGACUUAGAAUUGAUCUGAUGUUACUGUCUUGGUGAUCUCUUCACUAUUGGGAUGGUCAUAUUUAUAAUUUGAAGCUGUUCUAUAAUUAAAGUGUAACCUGAGUUCAUCUCACAGAAUGGAAGAAAUCUAUCUAUUCAUUGUCAGUUUAAUCAACGGUUGCAGAAUAAGUAAUAUAUUUAAAAAAUCUAGCUUCUUUCAUUAUUUGAAACAGUAGAAUUAUUUUUCUAGCUCAGUUUCGUUAUUGUUGAUGAAGAAGCAAUCGCUGUCAGCAAGCAUACUUUCCCACACAUCUUUGGACUUUUCUUAAAAGUUUAAUGUUAAGCUAACUCUACUCUGUUUAUAAAAUGUAAGUCUUUACAGACAUCCAGAAGUUUGACGAAAGUCUGUGACUUCACGCUCGGGAGGAGGAGAAUGGGAGCUGGUGUGCUUCUGAAGGUCCGUGUGGGCGGCCUUAGGAGUUGGGGCAGCUGGAACUGCUGCAGUCAGACCAGCAGUUGAAGUGUGAGGAAGAGGUUAAAUAUACUUUAUCUUUUUUAAAAGCUAUAAAUGGAAUCAAAGAAUGUAAAGCCUAUCUCUUAUGCUAAAGGUCCAAAGCUGCCUCUGUUUUAGGGAUUGCCCCAUGUGGGAAUUUCGCACCCUUGGGUGGUCAGCUGCGUCCUCCCAGACGUUUUGGCGUCUUUAGGGGUCGUUCCUGGAGCCCGCAGACCCCCGAGAGGGGCCGUGCUGGAUCUGGGACUGCACCUGGAGGCAGCAGCUGCUCUUCCCCGCGUGGCUCUGUUGAUGCUCUUCGUGCGGUGAAGGUUUUGUUAGCUGUCAGUAAGUGUGUCUGAAAUUUAGUGCUUCCAGGUAGUUACAGUUCUCCAAAUCAAGGACCAACUUCAACUUUAAUUUAUGUGCAAAAACAAACCUGAGAAAUAUGCUUUAGAAGCUGUGCAUAGUUCUAAGUCGGACUGUAUAUUCAAAUUGUAAUUAUGAGGUUUAAAUAGUAGAGAAGUAUGUAAGGUAGUAUAAUUGCCACUAUUUUAAAACAGUUCAAUUAAAUACUGCUACAAUAUUGGUGUUGUGCUUGAAAAUAUGUACAGUUUUUUUCGAUAGUAAUACCAUAUGUUGUCCUUAAAUAUCUCUAAAAGCGCCUUUAUUUCAACAUUACUGUUUUUUCAACAUUAUCUUUUAUAAACAUUAAUAAGAGUUGUUGCUUUUAGAAACUUCAAACGAAAUAAUAGAUGGAAAACCCUCUGUAGCUUAAAACCAGUCAUUAAAACUCACAAUAGGGUAAGUAAUUAGAACUACCUGUUCUUAACAUGUAAAUAAGCAUAAUUUGUUCCAAAGAUGAAAUAUUGAAACUUAGGUCAUGUCUGCUGUAUUGUAUUACUCAGAUGCUACUGGGCAUUUCACAUUAAGAACUUAUUUCAACAACUACAACAAAGACCAAAUCUGAACUGCUGAUGCGGCUGCUUUGCAGUGAAUGGACUAAUGUUGUAUGUUAGAUCUUAAAGUAUCAAUAUUUCAGACCCUGCAAUGAUUUUAUUUCUGAAUUCAUGUACUGUACAUUCAUAAGUGAAAAUAAAAUGUCAUAUUCUUUUCUAA